GGCGGUCCGGUUUGAAGAGGACCGCAGACUCAGAGAGAGGAAUCGUGUUUGACGCUUCCAGAGACUGCGAGAAGACGGCGGUAACGAUAAGACGAGAGACUUCACGGGAGGACGACUCCUCACUCCGAUAGCUGCCGCUGCUUCUUGCUCGAUCUCGAUCUCGCCCGAGCUCACUCUUACGCAUCAUGACGAUCGAGACUGGCGCUGAAACCUGCGGGAGGAUCGGCAAGUUCUUCGUCCGCACCGCCGACUCCCCCGGCGGUGGUAAGCUCGCGGCGAUCCCGGUGUCCACCGACGGAGGAGUGGACCUUGGCGCCGUUGGCCGUGCCCUGGGGCUGGAACCCUCGUCCGUUAGGCUCAAUGGACAUUUCGUGAGUCGCGGCCCCGACUUUGUUUCGUCCCUCACUUGGGGUUCUCUCCUUGAUUUCUUCGCCUGUCGCGGGCUACCUCACGGGGCCUCCGAGCUCGACCCCGUCGUCGUCCAAGGAAAGCCCUCUAUCGUCCCAGAUCACCUUUGUUUCAAGAGGAAAAUGACACUAGAAGACGAAACUCCACAUAAAAAGAACAAGUUUAAUCAGGACAAAUCAAGCUUUAUCAGAGGUCGGGAAGGAGAUCUUGAUGAAACUGACAGCCUCUGCAUCAAGAGAAAGCUGAAGCUGGAAGACGACUGCCAGAAGAUCGUUGAUUGCUCAUCAGGCAUAAAGCAUGAACUCUUCAAGCCCCUUACAGUCGUCUCUUUUGGGUGCGUCAAUGGACAUGGAAAGCGUUCGAGGCAACACGACUUGGUACCUGAAUUUCCAUGCAAAAGAGUCAGAUAACAUUGCUCCCUGCCAACUUCUGUUGUGAGAUGAAGACUGAAACAUCUUUCAACAGAGCCACGGACUUGUUUUCCAACUAGGAGUAGAUUUACAGUAGCAUGCUCUCCAAAUGCUGUAAAAUUGUUGAAUCUUUUGUUCAUGUAAUAAUAACAACAACAACAAAAAACAUACAUGUAUGAUUCUUGAAGAAGCCUUAACCACUAUUGAGCUGCUUGGCUAUUUCAUCUUA